AUGAGUUAACUCUGUCAACCAAUGAUUAUCCACACCCAUAGAGUUGCCUCGAAUAAUAAACAACUCACUCUAGAAAAUCAGAAGCAAAAGAGAAGUUUGAAUUUGGAUACUCAUCUAAAUAUCAUAAAACAAUAACAUUUUUUUAAAAAGGGAGGAUAGGUUAGGCAAUCUCUAAAGGAAACUAAACCAUGGUAUCCAUUUGAAAGAAUCAAAAGAAAACAAAAAUUAUUGACAACUAUUUUCGAGUAAAAAUAAAAUCACAGUACUUAAAACCAAGAAAUUCUAACUCAUUUCAAGUCUAUGGCUGAUUUAACAGGCUGGUAAAUCAAUGAUGAUCCAUAGAUAGAAAUACAAUGA